AUGAAUAUGUUAGAUGAUGAAGAUGACCAAAGCUUUCACGCAAAGCGUGACGGCUACUCCAAGUUAAGCGAUGUCGAAUGGGAUGCGGUUGAACGAAUGGGUUCGACCAUGGGCAUCCAUACUGUUAGCGUCAUGCUAGAGGCUCUCAAUAGAGAUGCCCGACAUGCUGCUAUCGCCAAGUUCAUUCAAAAUGAACUUGACGCUGAACGCGAGAAAGUAGCCUUGCUUCACCAACAAGGUUCUCAACAAGCAGAGUUGUUGAGAGAACAGGGUGCUCAACAUUUUGAACUGUUGAUACAGCAGCAGGCUGCUGCUGGUGGGUCGAUGCACUCGCGUCGACCCGAGACCUUGAAGAUUGACAUCUCCAAGUAUAGCGCGCGUCGCAUCGACGACGGGGAUAUGAAAGUAGCAUUUGCCCAAUCGAAUCUGGCAGGACGUGCCAAGACUUGGGCUUUGGGACUCAAGUUGCACAACCCAUAUGCGCUUGGCUCGUUGGAAGUCUUCAAGUCGCGGCUCAGACAAAUGUUUGAACCGCCUGGAGCUGAGUUCAGAGCUCGAACCGAACUCUUAAAGCUCAAGCAAAGGUAA